CUCCUGGGCGGGAAAAAAAAGGGUUAUUAAUUUCUAGAUGAAAAACCCAAAAGGAUGAUUCCAUUUUAAGAUGAAUCUCAUCCGCAGCAUGCAAUACCGCAGGGCUGUCCUUAUAUUAACCGUUCCCACCCUGUUGGUGUUUGCCUUCACGUUACAUUAUUUUCUGACGAAGCCCCUGAGCCAACCGUUCGCGUCCUACGUGCCCAAGACGUCCUCACGACCGGAGCAGUCGGCGAGCUCAUCGACCACAUUUAAUAAACCCUACUCGCGCACCCUUGUCAUCGCCAAAUCCACACAUGAUGACACGUUAUGGGUCGACAAGCUCGUGGCACAGGAUCCCAACCUCGGCAGCGCCAUCUACACGGUUGACGAUAACACCACCGCCACGUUAUCCGUCCCCGACAACAAAGGCCACGAGGCCAUGGUCUAUUUGACCUACAUUAUCGACCACUACGACUCGCUAUCCGACGUCUCUAUCUUCAUGCGCGCCCAGCAAAACGCGUGGUACAAUAACGACAUCCUAAAUGGGGACUCCGCCAAUAUUGUGCGCCACCUGCGCAGUCAGCACGUUAUCCUGUCGGGCUACAUGAACCUGCGCUGUCACCAGGAGCCUGGAUGUCCGGAUUACAUCCACCCUGGGGCGGAGACAGACACUCGAAACAAUGAUAACAACCGCCACGAGAGUCCCCUCGAACCAGCCGUCCUCCGCGACGUGUGGGCCAAAUUAUACCCGGGCGCCCGACUACCAGACGUCCUGUCGCAGCCGUGCUGCGGGCAGUUUGCGGUGAGCGCCCAGCGCAUCCGCACGAUGACGCAGCGCCGCUACAUCGAGUUGCGCGACUGGUUGCUCACGACCGACCUGGACGACGACACGGCGGCGCGUCUGUGGGAGUAUACCUGGCAGUGGCUGUUCACGGGGCAUAGCGAGUAUUGUCCCUCGGAGACGACCUGCUAUUGCGACGGGUACGGGAUCUGUUUUGGCGCGGAGGAUUAUCGACGAUAUUACGAGUAUCGGCGGGAGGCACUCCGGUUGGAGGCGGACCUGAAGGGAUUGAAGCAGGCUGGUGGCGCCGCUGUUGCCGAGACGGGCGCGCGAAUACAGUAUCUGCAUGGGAGGAUGGAUGAAAUCAAGGAACGGGUUAUCACAUAG